GAUGCCGCGCGACCGUGACGAGCCGGCGGCUGUGCGCGUCUACACCGUCUGCGACGAGUCCAAGUACCUCGUCGUCCGGAACGUGCCCGCCCUCGGAUGCGGCGACGAGCUCGGCACCCUGUUCUCGACGUACGGCCCACUGGAAGAGUGCAAGCCCAUGGAUGCCGAGGACUGCGAGGAGUACACCGACGUCUUCUUCAUCAAGUUCUCGCAGGUCAGCAACGCGAGGUUUGCGAAGAGAAAGUUGGAUGAGUCUGCAUUUCUUGGCAACCGGCUGCAGGUGUCAUAUGCACCUCAGUUUGAGACUGUUGAGGAUACUAAAGAGAAACUGGAAGUCAGGAGAAAGGAAGUCCUUGGCCGGAUACGAUGCAUUUCCUUGCAUUUUUCAGCACCUGCUGGAAGUAGACCUGAAGGGCUAUCUCAGUAUCCACUGGGUCAGGGAUCGUCUAGUGGGAACUCACACCGUCAAAUGAGCUCCAAUAAGAGGGACUACACGAAGACAAUUCACGCUUCUCGUACAGAAGAUGCUCGUUUCAGUCAUGUGUCCUCUAAUAAGGAAUAUUUUCCAUCUGAGUCAAUGAAUGCAACUGUAAAUCUAGUGAGACAGAAGCUUGAUAAGAUACAGUCCGGCAGUGAUACUUCUGAUGCUGCUGCUACGUCCAAGAAACCAAGGGUCGAUAACCGUAGACGAAUUUGAACCAUUGGAUCACGCAGAGCAUGCGUUAGUGAACCUCGGCGUGCUUUUUGGUCUUCGUUUUCGGCAUCUACUUAAUAUCAUUUGCAGUAGGUUGUUUAGUGAACUAUGAUCGAGAGAAAUGAUGUACUGUAAGUAUGUAACUUAAUGUGAUAAUGCCAGACUCAUCAGCUGUUUAUAUGGUCACUCUGUUGUCUAUAUGAUCUGCAGUCUUGUGAGCAACUA